AUGGAUCAGUUUGGCGAGAAGCUUCCAAGACUGCCUGAUACCCUUAUUCAGGCAGAGUUUGAUGCCCCUGAAACUCCACCUUCUCUUGAGGUUGGUGAAUUAGUAUGUGGAUAUGUGAAGAGUGAUGAUACUUGGUAUCGCUCAGAGGUGAAAAACAUUAAAAAUGAUGAAAUUACAGUUCAUUUUGUUGACUUCGGAAGUUCAUAUGUCAUCUCUCGUAGCAAUGUUCGAGUUUUUAAAGCAGAACUGAUGAAAACUCCUGUGGUAGCAUUGAAAGUCAAAUUGGCCAAAGUAGAUGCCAAUGAUGUAGAAAUGAAACGUUACUUGACGUCUUUAGUAAUGGGCGAGAAGACUUACAAGAUGCGGUCACUUAAAGGAGAUGAAUCUCAGUUUGAGUUAUUUGAUAAUGAUGUGCUAUUAAAUGAUCACAUGUGCAACCAUCUUCAGGCAAGGAGAAUAGAAAAUUCAAAUAAGAGCAGUUUGGGUACAGCAAAAGAGGCAUUGCCAACAAAGGAUGGAAAAUCAAAGGUACCUGGUGAGUGUGAAGCACCAAGAAAGGGAAUUCCUAUGUAUGAGAAUUGCAAGAUGUCACCUCUCAACAAAGGGAAGGCUGUUGAAAUUGUGGUUAUUCAUGCAAGUAGACCACAUGCAAUAUACAUAGUUGCAAAAGUAAGUUCCAUAUAUUUUAUGAAAAUAUUGAAGGCUAGUAGGUGCUCUCAUCGUGUUUAAGCUUAUACUUUUGUC